AUGAUACAGAGUCUCAGGCUAAAGGUAGCUGCCGCCGCCAAGAAGAAUAAAGAAGAGGAGAAGUCCACUGAGAAGAAGCUAUCGAAAGAAUCACCGCCUACAACAUCGUCCUCACCACCAUCCAGUUCUCCAGCAACAAUAGCAGCAACAGCCACUUCUUCUUCUUCUUCUUCUUCUUCUUCCAAUUCCUCUUCGUCUUCUUCUAAUUCCUCUUCAUCACCAUCAUCAUCAUCAUCAUCAUCAUCAACAACAACUACUACAGGUAAUAACAAAAUCAAUAGUCAUUUAAAUAAUAAUAAAUCAACGGCAUUGAUAGCUUCCGACGAUCAACUAAGUGAAUCACCUACGAUUCCAUUGAAUUUCGCAUUGGCUGGAAUCAAUGUGGAAGACAUCAAUGGAACAAUGCUACCGUUUACAAGUCUGUGGAAUAACAAGCGUUGUGUAAUUGCAGUACUCAGAAGAUUUGGAUGUCUAGUGUGUAGACUGCAGUGUAUGGAUCUAUCUUCACUCAAGCCAAAACUAGAUAGAAUGGGAAUUGCAUUGAUAGCAAUUGGUUUCGAAAGAGUUGGAUUAGAGGAUUUUAUAGCUGGUGGAUUUUUUAAUGGUGAAAUAUAUAUAGAUAGAUCGAGAUCAGUUUAUAGAGCUUUGAGCUUAAAGAGAAUGGGUUUCUGGGAUACAACCAUUGGUUUAAUGGAUCCAAGACUAUCGGUAUAUAGAAAAGAAGCAAAAGAAAAAGGUUUACCUUCAAAUUUUAGAGGUGAUGGAUUACAAUUAGGUGCAACAUUAGUUGUUGGACCAAAACCACAGGGUGCUCAUUAUGAUUUUAGACAAAAGAAUUUUCUGGAUGUUUUCGAUCUCAAUAAGAUAUUGAAAGCAUGUAAACAACCGUAUCCAAAGAUUCAGACAAUAGAGAAAUUGAAUCAUAUCGAAAAUCAAAUGAGCAAACUACUGGUUUCUCUACCUUCGCCAGUCAGAGUCGACGCACCCGCUCUCCAAUUCACCAUACCAAAAGAAACCAAAGUUAAAAUCGAAUCCAAUCCAGAGACAUAUAAUCCGUUCCAUGUAAAUAGCAAUAAAAUACCAACUCCAAAUCAAUCACCACCACUCUAUGGAAAUAAUAUUCACCAUUAUAAUAAUAAUAAUAAUAAUCAUAAUAAUAAUAGAACCAUUUCAAUUAAUAAUAUAAAUAUAAAUAAUAACGAAUCAUCUGUAAAUAAUAAUCAUAUUUAUAAUCAUGAAAAUGGUAAUCAUAAUUAUAAUCAUAAUCAUAAUAAUAUUAGUCAACCACAAACACCAUUAUCUCCAUCAUCUCCACAACAACAACAACAACAAACUUUUUCAAAUAAUAAUUCACCAACACUCAAAGGCAUCUAUUCACCAAAUACCUCACCAUUGGUAAAAUCACUGUCGUCCGGUAAUAUGCUGAUAGCGCAUUCAUCAUCAAAGACAACGACAACACCACCUACAACACCGCCUUUAGUUUCCGCCUCGAAUAUAAACAACAAUAGCAGCAACAAAUCACCAAUUACUCUCUCCCCAUCGUCCUCUUCAACGUCACUCGUCAAUUCAUCUUCAUCGAUUUCCACAUCCAACUCGACAUCUACCUCUACAUCAUCAUCCUCAGUGAAAUCACCAUUGAGUAGUCCAUCAUCCAAGACAGAACCAUCACCAAAGAAAUAUAUUUACAACUACACACCAAAGACAACGACCUUUGAAUUCAAAUACGACGUAUCAUCGUUGGAAAUGGUAAAUGUCAGUACAUUCAUUGCGAAACUCCAGAACAAUAUCGACAACUCCAAUCAUAACAACUCCAACAAUAUCAACAAUAACAAUGGUCACGAGGCCACCAAGACAAUCGUAUUUCAAAAGUCAUCAACUGCGCCCUCUGCCAUUUCCUCCAGCGGCAAAAUCUCAACACUCACCAGAAAGUUUGGAGGUAAAAUUGCAACCAAUCACAAUAAUAAUCAUGUUGUUUAUUAUCCCUAUUAA